GACAUCCAAGAUUUGAUGGUGGAGCCAGAAGUGGAAUCCUUCUUGCCGGCUUUGCAAAGCUGGGAGGACACGACAUCAACCGAUGCGGGCUCAACGUCGGAUCAGGACCUGCCGACACUUCUGGGAGGUGCACGCCUUGCAGCCGAAGAUCCUGUCCGAGGGCUGGAGCUUGGAAAGAGGAUGUCCCCUGGCUUCGCAUCCAUCAACUACGCUUCGAACACCGAGUACGCAGCCAUCGAAGAUCAGGCCUUUGCUCCGUCAUUUUUGGCCGGGCCGCCGCUGACUUGGGAGGAGUUCGACGAGCUUUUUCGCUAA